CUCAACCUGGCUCACAACAACCUUACCUUUUUGCCCCAUGAUCUCUUCACGCCUUUACACCACCUGCAGCGAGUGCAUUUGCAUCACAAUCCCUGGAACUGCAACUGUGACAUUCUUUGGCUGAGCUGGUGGCUGAGAGAGACCGUACCUACGAACACCAGCUGCUGCGCCCGCUGCAAUUCCCCUCCCAGCCUCAAGGGGCGCUACAUCGGUGAGCUAGACCAGAGCUACUUUCAGUGCUACGCGCCUGUUAUCAUUGAGCCACCUGCCGACCUCAAUUUGACUGAAGGAAUGGCAGCAGAGCUAAAAUGUCGGACAAACUCAGUGACCUCGGUCAGCUGGCUAACACCAAAUGGCUCCAUAAUAACACAUGGGGCUCUCAAGAUGCGCAUCUCCGUCCAAAACGACGGAACAUUAAACUUCACCAACGUCACCAUACAGGACACAGGAACCUACACUUGCAUCGUAAGCAACACGCUAGGCAACAUUUCAGCCUCUGCUGUCCUCAACGUGACGUCCGUUGACAACAGUGGCUUUAGUUACUUCACUACGAUCACCGUAGAGACAACUGAAACCGCUAUCGAUGGGGAGAGUAGGACACCAGUGCAGCCUUCUUUCGGCUGGGCGUCCUCUUCAACCACAAGGGGAACACCUAUUGCCACAGAAAGAGCGUACACCAUUCCUGUGACUGACAUAGACAUUGAUGGGGCUCUCAAUGGUUUGGAGGAGGUGAUGAAAACCACCAAGAUCAUCAUUGGCUGCUUUGUGGCCAUCACACUCAUGGCUGCUGUCAUGCUCAUAAUUUUCUACAAGAUGCGCAAGCAGCACCACCAGCAGGAUCAUGAUGGGCCGACCCGCACCAUCGAGAUCAUCAGUGUACACGAGGAGCUGACGAGGGUUCCAGCCAUGGAGAGUCACUUGACUCUUCCGCCCUUGGAGCAUUACAACCACUAUAACUCCUACAAAACUGCUUAUAACCAUGUGUCGGCUCUCAGCUCGCUGCAUAGUUCAGUGCAUGAACCUUUACUAAUCCAAGCCAGCUCAAGGGAUAACGUGCAGGAGACACAAAUUUGACCAUGUUGGACGAAUUGAACUCUACUAAUGCUGUUUAAAUUUUGGUUGUGGACACGCUGUCAGAAUGAAGAUGACAGUGUGCUUUAAGACCUUCAGCAAUGUCAGUGAG